AACGCGUUAUCGGUUCAACUCUUUUACCUUUCCACCCUUGUGUUAACUUUUCAAGUUUGUUUUUCGCAUAUGUGUUUGCAUGGUCGAGUUUGUGAACCUUUGUUACAUCUGUUUCAGUUCAGAGGCUUUUUCUCUUGUCCUGUAGAGAGAAAAGGAAGCUGACAGAAGGCGCUGGUUUCUUAGUUUGUUAGCCUGCUAGCUAACUAGCUACAGAGUUACACGUUUUGAGUUGCUACAGUUACAGUAAAGGUUCAGAAUAAAGUCGUAGCAAGAUCUCUUUAUGGUCACACAGUAUCAACCAUACAAUGUAUAACAUUAACUGUUGAAGGUCUUGUCUGUGUUUCGCUGUUGUAGGUCCUACUACUAUAAUUAACUGUUCCUAAUAAUCAAGACAACUAAAUUCAACUAAUGACAUUUUGUGUUGCCGUUCACACUUUUCUAAGACAGCUUGCAUAAUGUUGUAAUAGACUUGACAUUCAUGUGGCAGAACUACAAGGAAAUCAUUAAGUCAAGACAAAGCAGGACAACAUUUCGUAACUCGAUCACAGUUUGGGGGAUGGCGGCUUCCAGGAAGAUAGUGCCGUUCCGCUUGCCUCCCCUGCCCACCAUUGGGGAGAUAAUCAAGCUGUACAAGCUGCGAGCAGAGAAACAGCUGUCACAGAACUUUUUGCUGGACAUGAGGCUCACAGAUAAGAUUGUGCGCCAGGCGGGCUGUGUGAGGGACGCUCAUGUGUGUGAGGUGGGCCCCGGGCCUGGAGGACUGACCCGCUCCAUCCUCAACGCCGGGGCUGCCGACCUGCUGCUGGUGGAGAAGGACAACCGCUUCAUACCCGGACUGAAGCUCUUGUCCGAAGUGGCGCCAGGGAAGGUCAGGAUUGUCCAGGGUGACAUACUCACGUACAGAAUGGACAGAGGGUUCCCGAAGGUCCUAACCAAAGCGUGGGAAGAUGAUCCACCGGACCUGCAUAUCAUUGGGAACCUUCCCUUCAAUGUGUCCACUCCUCUCAUCAUCAAAUGGCUGGAGAACAUAUCCAACAGGACUGGACCCUUUGUAUACGGCCGGACCAGACUCACUCUUACUUUCCAGAAAGAGGUGGCAGAGAGGUUGACAGCCAGCACAUCCAGUCGCCAGAGGAGUCGUCUGUCCAUCAUGGCCCAGUACCUCUGUACUGUGAAGAGCUGCUUCACCAUCCCUGGACGUGCCUUCAUCCCCAAACCUGAGGUGGAUGUGGGGGUGGUACACUUCACCCCACUGGCUCAGCCCCAGAUCCAGCAGCCAUUCAAGCUGGUGGAAAAGGUGGUCAGGAACGUCUUCCAAUUCCGGAGGAAGCACUGCCACAAAGGAAUCGAAAUGCUGUUCCCGGAGGCCCAGAGGCUGGAGCUGGCUGAGGUGAUGAUGCGUGAGGCAGACGUUGAUCCCACCCUUCGACCCACAGAGCUGUCAAUCACUGACUUCAGAGCUCUGACAGACGCGUACAGCCACCUCUGCUCUGAGAACCCGGGCCUCCUCGCCUACGACUUCAGAGAAGAGCUCCGGCUCAAACACCUUAACAAGCGAAUGGGCAUGACCACUGUCAGGACUCAGAAAACGCGUCUUCCAGAGAGAGGCGCUGAAAAGGGCACAGUGGAAGAAGCACCUAAUGUUCUGUAAGGGACGAGUGGGACAACGGACUGCUCUUAGCACUGACAUUUCCACCUGGCGCACGCAUGCAUUUUUAAACGCCUUUCUUUGGUCUCCUGGAGGCGCUGGGCGAGAGACAGUGAAUACUGGAGAGGGUAGAGGGACUGUGGGGGAAACAACAUGGGGAGAUGUGAACACCGGCUGUCUUCUGAGAGGGAGGGAGGGAGACACCCCCCCCCCCCCCAGCCCCCCCCCCCCAGCUAAUGUGGCUAACUGAAAGGCACUCCUGUCCAGUUAGCCAAUGAACAAUGUGAAAUGACCAGCAUGAGUUUGAGGUGGGGGGCAGAUGUUUCCCAUCACACCCGAUUCUUCUCUUCAACCCUUCAUGCCCGCAUCUUGUGGUGGGAGUCUGGAAACAGGUUGAGGGUAUUCAGGCCAUUCCGCCUCUCUUCUGUCUCCCUCACUGGGGAGAUGAGUGGGAAGUGGAAGGAGAAGGGCUGUUUGGAAGUUGUCAGUUUCUGGUGAGGCUUUUGAAAUCCCAAAAUCUUCAGUGAGGACUCAGUUGUGCUUUGUUAGAAAUAAUAUACAUGUGAAAAACGUGAUAUAUAUAAUUUUUUUGGGACGCAUGGACAGGUAAUCCUCACUUCAAUACUAUUGACAGAUAAAAGUAACAUAAUUUAACAAAUAAAACUGAAUGAUUAUACUUGCCAAUUGUAUAUUCAUCAAAAAUCUACAGGAAUGCAUUUUCAUAGUGUGAAAAAAACAAGUUCACAUCAUGUACCAUUUCUUAACUGUCCAUCAGUCUCUUACAUUGACUGAGAGGACCCCCCCCCUCAUAAUGCUUCUUAUUUCAGCCAUUCUGUGUUCUGUUGAAGGAUCCGUUGUUGGUUCAGGUUUUCCUCUAUGUCACUUGUGGGUUCUUGGAAGUCGACAAGCAGAAUUUGGUGGGACAACCUGUACUGUGUAGACUAACUGUGGUCUGGAAUUUUUCCACUUUUAGAUGAUUUGUAUAUGAUUGUGUAAUGAUGCUCUUCAAAUUGCUUGGAAAUAUCUUUGUAAACUCUCCAAAACUCAUGGGCAUCAAUAAUCUUUCUUCUUGGCAUGUUGUAUUACUACACACCCAUAUGGUUAAGACCAAACCAGACCAAUUUUCCAAUCUUUCUGUAAGGCUGGACCCUCCCAAGUUACCCUCUAACAUACAGGUUUUGCGGUUUAUUCUAAUUUUAACCAUUUUGUGAAAGUAAAUAAGUACUUUUUCCACAUUUCAUAUCUAUUCAUUGAAUAUUUAACAUAUUUUUUUUUGGUUUGAUUAUUUCAGAUGACCGUUUAAAAAUUAAUGCGGUUGGAAUUUAGCUCAAAUAUCCGUUUGUCCAAAUAUAAGAAAAUAAAGACUACAUUGCUGGCUA